AUGCUAGCCCGUAGCUUCGUUCAGUCUUUUUCUAAGGCCGUUCCAAUUACAAGAAGUGUGGCCACUACUGUAAGUUUGCUUUUUAUUAGUUUUGUUUUGUUUUUGUAAUUUGGUAUCUAAUAUCUAUAACUCUCUCUAAAAUACUUUAUUUCUGACAUUAGGCAAAUGGUGUGCCAGAGCUGGCCGAAAAACUCAAGUGUACUUUGAUUCCCGGCGAUGGAGUUGGUCCAGAAUUGGUUUACGCUGUCCAAGACGUGAUCAAAAAUACUGGAAUCCCACUUGAGUUUGAUGAAGUCUUCCUCAGCGAGGUCCAUUAUACCAGAUCUGCGUCCAUCGAUGACGUUGUCAAGUCAAUUUCGUUGAAUAAUCACGUUGCCCUGAAGGGUGUAAUCCAAGAGAGUGUUCGAAAUGAUUAUGACGAAAAUGGUGGAAUCAAUACUCAGCUUAGACGGCGAUUGGAUCUGUUUGCGAACGUGGUUCAUAUCAAGGUAAUUAUUCUUUUUCUAUAUUUAGAAAGGAUUUUUUUUGUUUUUUAGAGUUUGGAAGGCAUCAAAACCAGACAUGAGAAGAAAUUGGACUUUGUCAUUGUUCGAGAACAAACAGAAGGAGAAUAUUCCAGUUUGGAACAUGAAAGUGUUCCUGGCGUAAUUGAAUGUCUGAAGAUAAUGACUCGUCCAAAAUGUGAAAGAAUUGCCAAAUUUGCGUUUGAUUAUGCGACUAAAAACAACAGAAAGAAGGUUACUGCCGUCCACAAGGCCAAUAUCAUGAAAUUGGGAGAUGGACUCUUUCUGAAUAUCUGCAAGGAGGUUUGUUUGUUUCUUUUUUUGAGUAUGCGUUUGUCUCUUUUUGUUUUAGAUGUCCAAAUUGUAUCCAAAAAUUGAGUUUGAAAAUAUGAUCAUUGACAAUUGUUGCAUGCAACUGGUGGCUCGCCCUGAACAAUUUGAUGUGAUGGUAAUGCCAAACGUAAGCUUUCGUUAUUGUGUUUCAAGCUUUUUUAGUUAUACGGAAACAUCAUUGACAACCUAGCUGCUGGUUUAGUUGGCGGUGCUGGAGUUGUUCCCGGUCAGUCAAUUGGAUCUGAUUAUGUCAUCUUCGAACCCGGAUCAAGACAUUCAUUUAAAGGAGCUUCUGGAAGGUAAGCAAUUACUUCGUUUUCUUUUAUUCUAGACAAAUCGCCAAUCCAACUGCCAUGAUCCUCUGUUGCGCAAACCUUUUAAAGCAUCUUCAUCUUGAUGAGUAUGGCAGGGCGUUAACGCAAGCUGUAGAGAAGACCAUUAAAGACGGAAGAGUGAGAACCAGAGAUCUUGGAGGAUACGCAACUACGAAAGAUUUUACAUAUGCCGUCAUUGACAACUUCAGAUUGUAAUAGGAAUCAUAGGCUUUAGACAAAGUAAACACGUUUUUAUGAAUACUUUCCGUCCUUAUAUGCGUUUGAUCGCUUUGAUUAUUUUUGCUCGUGUUGAAUGUUUGUUUAUUUUUAUUAUAGAAAUGUGAUUAUGAGAUGCUCAGAGAGCGAUGCUGAAUUUGAAGAUGCAGUGGAGAGUCUGGAUGUUUUCCCUGGCAAUUCUUCCUUCAAUGUAAGCAAUACGCUUCGUUUUUUAUGGUGUUUAGGUGGAGCCAGUAAAUAGUGUAAAUCGACGAAAUCGGCUGGCAAAUCUUAGAACUAGGAUGAGAUCUGAGUUUGGUUUGGCUUCGUCAAAUUUUGGUGGCAGCCAGACUUCUUUCGAUGACAUUUCUCAGUCGGAUUGCACUUCAAUUGCUUCAUGGGGUCGGAAGUUGUUAAACGAAACCUCUGCUACAUCUCCAGUGUCCGUGGAACCUAUAGAUUCUAUUAGUACACGGGCACCCCAGAUAAUUGAACAAUAUCAAUCCGUACCUCCUCCGUCUCAUCCACCUCCGCCACCACCAAGUGUUCCUUUCAACAGUCAUCAGAACAGACCCCUUCCACCUCCUGUACCUCCCCGACCUUCUCCUCUCAAAAUGGAUUCGGUCCCAUUAACCUCAUCAGAUCCGACUUCUAUGUAAUAUUUCAAUUAUAUUCACGUAAUAAUAUUUUUCAGAGUCGCAGAUAAUUUACAGCGUGGACAUUCCAAAAGCAAAUCUCUGGACAGGGGAAUGAGUGUUGGAGAUAAAAUAACUAUUCCAGUAUCGAUUAAAUCCACUUCUUUGAAUCGAGGAGUCUCGGGUAAAAUUGUAAAUGGCAUUUGCGAAGAAGAACAACGGAUAAACAAUGCCCAAGGAGUAAUCCAUCAGCUAACAUUGUCUGUGCUGUCUUCAUCUAAGGAUUCGAUUACGGGCAAUAAUAACAACAACACUGUAGGUGUAAUAAAUUAUUAAGGUUUAUUUUUGUUUAGUCGAAUGGAUCUGUCCACCACUCAUAUAAAGAGAUACUGGAAACAAUUCCAGAGCCUUCUACAUCAGGUCUUUAUGAAAGAAGUAAAAACAAUUCUUUUUCGGUCGUGGAAGAGAAGUCCUUGGCGUCAUCUCUCAGUCCCAAUUCUUCAAAGGCUCUCAACGAUACAUUUGAAUCCAAUGACAGUCGUCUUCAAGCGUCCAAUAGUCAUAAAAGAUAUUCAUCAUGCAUAGUUGAUACUUCAAGGCCCGUUGCAGGGAACACGUUCAAAGAGUGCAGAUCUGUGUCAGAGUUACAUCGGGAUGAGAAGAGGGAGUUAACACACAUGGCUUCGAUUGAUCCCAUAACUAGGGAUGUGGAAAGGAGAAUGUCGAUGAAAGACCAUCAUUCAACGAUGUCUUCCUCAGGGUAAGAUUUUCUUUUUAAUUAAGGUAAGACGUUUCAGUAGUGGGGAAGGCUCAAAAGAAGAGAGUUUGGUGUCGAUUCAUUCGGGGGUUGGAUACGCCAAAAGUCUUGUGAAGUCUUAUGGCAACACUGCCCAGGUAAUGAUCCGCGGGGCCUAUCAGAAAGUGCGAAACAUGGUGACUCCUCGGUAAGUAGUCUUCCUUUCAUUAAAAUUUUUCAUUUUCUAGUCCAAGAUGUACAGUUGUGGAAAGAGAAGAAGACGAGGCCUCGGAAAGCGAUGCCGCCAGUUCUUCUGUCUCUAUGAGUACAAGUGAAAACAAUGUAAAAUUGGGAAAUAGAACUGAUGGACCUCCCGUGAUUUGUAGGCCAAGGAAUUUGAAAAAAGGACCUUUUGACUUUUCUCAACUCCGAGUUGUCCAAGAACUUAAUAACGAACACACAGGAGCUGUUUGGUCGUUGAAAUUUAGGCAAGUCAUACGUUAAAUGUUGAUCGAUGUGUUUUACAGUAUGUGUGGGAGGUUGUUGGCCACUGCCGGAAGGGAUAAUAUGGUUCGUAUCUGGGUUUUGAGCAAACACUUAUCGUAUUUUACCCGGAUGAGGGAGAAAUACAACCAAGGGAAUAUAGACAGUGACUUCGAGAAGAUCCACCUGCAAAUGGAAAAGGUGAGCAGAGUUAAAAAAAUAAAAUAAAAGUGAAUAUUUUUUCGAAGAGCGCGGGUCGGUCUUUGGUUUUGGUUUUUAAAACCGGAAAUCGGGAGCGAACGCAAAAAUAUGAUUUUUAUUUAAAUAUUUCCCUUUUCAGAAGAAUUUCUCUCAACUGGAUGACGAUGACAGCUCUCUCAGCUCCAGGAAAUCUCCGUUGGAUUCGGCGGCCUCGGCCAAAUCCGUGUCCACCCAGGCCAACUCUCAGUCCUCAGGAACUCCUGUCUUUGCCCCCAAACCUUUUUGUACUUAUCGCGGACAUACGGCUGAUAUCCUGGAUUUGGCAUGGUCUCCCAGAAAUUACUUUCUGCUCUCGUCAAGCAUGGAUAAUACUGUAAAAUUAUGGCAUUUGACUAGAUCAGAAUGUCUCUGCUGUUUUCAACAUACCGACUUUGUGACUUGCAUUGCGUUUAUGCCGAAGGUAUAGCCAAAUCUAAAUUUUUGGCAACUUUUAGGAUGAUCGAUAUUUCAUUUCUGGAUCCAUGGAUGGUAAAAUAAGAUUGUGGCAUGUUCCUGAGAAAAAAGUUGCUCUGUGGAAUGAAGUGGAUCAAGUCAAAUUUAUAACUGCUAUAACUUUUAUAAGGAGCCGAUUUGUAGUUGUGGGGACAUAUGAUGGGAGAUGCUUCUUCUACACGACUGACGUAUGCUUAACAUAGUAUACAAAUAAAAUGUAUUUCAGCAGCUAAAAUAUCAUACGGUGAUAAAUGUUCGGUCUUCAAGAGGAAAAAACGCGCGAGGGCACAAGAUCACGUCUCUCGCUGUUCAUGGAAAUCAUCUUCUUGUAACCUCGAACGAUUCCCGAAUCAGAAUGUAUAGCAUUGACAACAUAGAGCUUAUUUCCAAGUUUAAAGGUGCUCAGAUUGAGAGAAGUCAGAUUCGUGGAACCUUUUCUCCUGAUGGGAAGCAUGUUAUAUGUGGUGGGUAGCGAGUGCUUUUUUAUGUUGUUUAGGUUCGGAAGAUUGUUUCGCGUACAUUUGGAGGGUGGCGGAUGUCUCAGCCUCUUACUCUGUACAUAACAAUUUGUGGGAGAGGAUUAGAAUUCACAAUUCCGUAGUUACGGCUGCUGUUUUCGCUCCAAAGCCUGGUUUAAUAUUUCAAUUACUGGGCGAUAGCGAUAGUAAGGGUAUUUUAAGUCCCGUGAAGACGUCAGCCGGCUCAAACACAAAGAGGUAAAUUGAUAUUUUUAAUAUAAUUGUGAGUUUAGUUCGAGUUCGGCAUCUCAAUCGAACAAAUCGUCGGAGAUCUCGAUCCCUUCAUCCUUUUUGGCGUCAGCUUCAGCUCAGGCAUCGCGAGUUUUGAACGAACUCAGGGGAAAUAAAUCCAAUACAUCGGAAGCUAAGGCCAAGAAUCUUGAUUCAAUGGGUGAUGUGAUAGUGACAGCUGAUUUAAAUGGAUCUAUCAAGGUCCUAGCCAAUCCCCGUCAUAUUUCUUAUCUAUCAUAA